AUGGAGGCGCACAGUUAUUCAAAAAAGAACGUUAAGUUAUGGGUAAAAGGGAUGAAUCCUUUGGAAGUGGAAACAAAUUGUGACUGGAAGGAAAUCAAUUUAUGCGAAUUGAUGAAGGUAAACACGAUAUCCAACAAAAUACAGGCACAGUUUGGACAACUUUACAGCUUCCUAGCACACGAGAAUCAGCUGCACAUAUUCUGUGCUCUAAUGUCGGAUCAUAAGACGAUUGAGUUCGAUACGAACAUUUCAUCUUUAGCAGCAAACAGUAAACACUGUUUAGUGCUGUUGUCUAAUGGAGAAUUGUUGAAGUACAAUUGUUCAAUCGAAACAGUGGUUCCGGUAAAUUUUCUCGGUAUAGAGAACGAUGAUAAAAUGAAGACAAAAAAAUGCCACAUAACUCAUCUAGCCUGCGGGGAAUGCGUUUCCGUAGCAUGCACUUCGUCAAAUGGCGUGUACAAUAUACCGAAUCAUACGAUCACCCUUCCCCAGCACGUGCGGAUUAGAAAGGUGGCAACUGGAUUUGAACAUUGUCUGUUGCUCACCACGAAUGGAGAUGUAUACAGCUGGGGUGGAGGAUUGCGCGGACAACUUGGAAGUGGAGAAAUUGUUGCGUUCAGCGAUCAUCCGCAGAUCGUGGAAGGAUUGGCAGGCGUGAAAGUAAUUGACAUCAGCGCACAGGGAUGGCACUCCGCUGCGGUAUCUUCCUUUGGGGAUCUGUACACGUGGGGCUGGAACAAUCAGGGUCAGCUGGGGUUAAUGGAUCCCGAACACAACGAACGUGUUGUUUCGCUCCCGCAUCUCGUAUCCUUCCCGGGUGAUGAUGAAGUUACGGUGGAAAAAGUACACUGUGGCAUAGGACAUACCGUAAUAGAAGCUAAUGGUGUUGAUGGAAAUAAAAAUGUAUUAUUAGCGGGAUGGGAUUUAGGUACCAGGUUUAACUAUACAAAAGUUUCUUCGUCAUCCAAUUUCGAGGGCUUUCGGAAGCUUCCCAAACCUGUGAAAACACCCGAAGCCUCAUUAGAGUUGGGAACGGGUGCAUGCCAAGUGUACUUCCUGCAGCGUGUUGAAAACGAAUAA